CCCUGCAUAGGAUCACACACACAGCUGGAGGCAGAACACAGGGGAAUAAAUUGCUGAGAGACAAGCAGGAAUGGACCUGUUUUCAGCUCUCUCACUAGAAACCUGGGUCUUCCUGGCAAUCAGCCUGGUGCUCCUCUACUGCACCGAGUGGACUUUCUUCAUCUGAUGAUGAAUGCUCAUAAUAAUUCCAAAGACAAAGUGUCUCAUCAAGCCCUGUCUGACACAGAGAUCACAGCCCAGUCAGUAAUCUUUAUUUUUGUUGGCUAUGAAAUCACCAGCAGCACGCUUUCCUUUGUCCUGCAUUCCCUGGCCACUCACCCUGAUAUCCAGAAGAAACUGCAGGAGGAGAUCGACAGGGCUCUGCUCAAUAAGGAAUCUCCCACCUCUGAUAUCGUGAUGGAAAUAGAGUACCUUGAUAUGGUCCUUAAUGAAACCCUCAGAGUAUACCCAAUUGCUAAUUGACUUGAGCGAGUCUGUAAAAAGGAUGUUGAAAUUGAUGGUGUGUUUAUGCCCAAAGGGUCAACAGUGAUGAUUCCUUCUUAUGCUCUUCACCGUGACCCACAGCACUGGCCAGAGCCUAAGGAAUCCUGCCCUGAAA